UUCAAUAUCCCCUGUCAAUUUACGGGCCAGUCCUUGGAUUCUUUCUCAAGAGCAGGUUAGUACUUGGACUCGAACUACGAGAAACCAACCAAACCAAACCAAACCAGCUGCUGCCUCUUCUUGGAAGCCAUGGCUAUGGAAAACUAUGCAUCAAGAAAUAUUGACAAAAUUCACACAGAUGUCCUCUCUCAAUCAAGACAAGCUUGCUACAAGGCGCGAGAUGCUUUUUUUGCUUGUUUGGAGAAAGAAUCAGGCAAGAAACCUACAGAAAUUGGGUCCGUGGGGCUUCAAUAUCCAGCUGAAUGUAAAAACUCAAGGGCUGAGUUUGAGAAGAAUUGUAGACCUGCUUGGGUGAAGCAUUUUGAUAGGCUACACUGUAGGAACAAGACAUCGCAGAGGUUGUUGGAAGACAAGGAAACCAGGAGAGCAAAAUUGGUAAUUGAAAACAGAUGAAGAAAAUGUAUUUGAUGACAGUGCCCUCGUUAGAUCAGUUUUAUCAUUUUUGGCAGGGUUAUAAAUAUGCUUGACAUGGCCAUUUAGGAAGAUGGAAGCAGUCUGUUGGUCAAUGUCUUGGUGAAUUCAUAUGCCCCUUUUGAAGUGAGACCAAGGAUUGUAGAAUGAGUUUAUGACUUGAGGCAAUGUUGCCAAGUCUAUGGUUAGCAUUAGCAAAUAAAUUUCAAAGAAAGGAUGUAUUGUUAUCUGUCAAGAUAUCGUGGAUGUUGAAAAUGGGAUAAAAUUCAAAGUUGAGUGCGUUGUUAGGCUUCAAUGCUCAAAUACUUGGUAUUUUUUCCUCUAUAAAUUUCAUUUUUGUGUGCUGUUGGGAUUAAAA